CUGGUGACAGCAAUCGCCUGCGUCGGUUGGGGUGCAGUGAACAUCAUGGUCUCUGCCCAGCUGCUCAACUCUGUCAACAGACCACAUUCCCUGCCUCCGUGGGCAGGUUGUCUGGUGCUGGUGCUAUCGACGAUCAUCGUGUCUUGUUUCGGCUACAGAGUGGUGCACGCGUAUGAGAAGUGGGCCUGGAUCCCCAACCUGGCCGUUUUCAUCGUCUUCAUUGUCCAAAUGGCCAAGUCUGGCAACUUUACUGGCGGCGGCUUCACCGGCGGCGAGGCAACCGCAGCUGGUGUCCUUUCAUUCGGAGGCGCUACCUAUGGUUUUGCCACUGGCUGGACAACGUACUCUGCAGAUUAUACCGUGUUCGUUAGAAAGGAUUACCCAAAGAAAGUGAUCUUCUUCGGCAUUGUUCUUGGGUUGUUCACACCAUUGGUGUUCUGUCAAGUGUUGGGAGCAGCAGUGUACUCUGGUACUUUCAAGGACUCCAUGUGGGCUGAGCACUACGCAGACCAUCAGGCUGGUGGAUUGAUGUUCGCAGUGCUCUCUGUGAACUCCCUUGGUGGGUUUGGCCAGUUCUGCUCAGUGGUCCUUGCCAUGUCCACUGUUGCCAACAACAUUCCAAACAUGUACACCAUUGCCUUGUGUACGCAGGCGUUUUGGUCACCAUUGGUCAAAGUGCCAAGAGUCGUUUGGACCCUUGUUGGUAACUUCUUGACCUUGGUGAUCUGUAUCCCAGCAUACUACCAUUUCGAAGAGGUCAUGGAUAACUUCAUGAACAUGAUCGGCUACUACCUGGCCAUCUACGAGGCAAUCUCUCUUUCCGAGCACUUCAUCUAUAGAAGGGGGUUCAAGGGCUAUGAUAUAACCGCAUGGAAUGACUUCUCCAGGCUGCCAAUUGGCAUUGCAGGCACAAUCGGUAUAUGUUUUGGUGUCUUUGGUGCCCUUAUGGGCAUGGACCAAGUCUGGUUCACUGGUCCUAUCGGCGAGAAGAUCAACGAGGGUGGUGAAUAUGGUGGUGCUGACAUUGGCUUUGAGUUAGCCAUGUCCUUUGCCUUUGUUGCCUACAACGUUGCCCGACCAUUUGAGCUCAAGUAUUUUGGUCGCUAGCUGGUUAUCAAUUCAAGCCCUUCUCUCUAUUCUCCUGCAAUCGUUUUCUAUAUUUACAGCUAUUUAUUAUCAUCACUUGUCAACCUUUUACCUAUGUUCUCCUGUAAACGUCGUGAUGACUACACAACUACAACCAAAGCAACG